UCAACUCCAACACGCGUUAUCUUCACAUUUGAUGAUGUCAGUACAAACCCAAGAAGCACGAAUCAUUUUAGCUAUGGAAGCUAUUCAAUCAUCCAAAAAAAUUACUGCUGCAAAACUUUACAAUGUGCCACGUUCUACGCUUAGUGACAGAAUGAAUGGUCAUUCUACUAUCCACGAGCGCCGGCCAGCAAAUCACAAUUUGACUAAAACAGAAGAGACAGUCAUUGUUCAUAUAUAUUUGGUUUAGAUGCGAGGGGGUUUGCGCCUCGGAUAGCUGGUGUGGAAGAUAUGGCAAAUCUCAUUCUAACAUCACGGGGAGGAAGACGCGUCAGACAGCUCUGGGUCAACCCAUGCUUCCAUGAAAUGGAGCCAACAAAUGCUAUAAUGUCUUGUGUUGGGGCAUUUGAAAACUUGCUGAUCUUAAGGUCCAUUCGGUUAAUCCGCUUAGCUUCUGCAAUGAAUGCCCUUCGUUCCUCUGCUGCUGUUGCGGCUGGUGCUCCAGCGCCGUAACCAGACAUGUUGAAAUUGUAGAGCGAGAUUUACUUAACUCUUCCAAAUUGAGCUCUUUUGAUCCUAAGUCUGGUGAUGGGCUGGGUUCUCUGUACCCAACGAAAUUCAUCCAAUCUCUUGGUUCAGUUGACUCACUGUCCAUCAACAUGUCCUUGUUACUCUCUCUAGACUCCUACUUUGAUAGCUGCGGUAGGGAUCGAUCCCUUUUCUCGACUGCUAGACCACUUGUAGGCCUGAAGCUCGCACUUGUUCGUGAAGUGUCCGUUUCCAACCUCUCACUUAGCUGCUACGGUUGUCUUCUUAUGCUAGUGGUGAACACUGGCCACAACACUAUGAUACACUUCUUGUUGACUUGAUUCUUUCUCUCUUGAUUGGUAGUCUGAUUCUCCGACAACUCACACACUCCUCUGCUCGUGCAGACUAGCAGUAACAGAAGCUUGUGUUCCUUUCUAACUGAAAACUCGAUUCUCUGCUUGAUGAUGAUAUUGACAAGUCGUGAAAGUGGGCAGACUCCCCUUCUUGUCUUCUGCUCUUCUGAUGUGGGUUAAUUCCUGUGCGCCGAUUGGUCCGCCGACUCUGGUAACCAAUCACCACCCUUCGAAUUGUUCCUUCUCUUCGAUUUGUAUGCUGUUGGCCUCACUGGCUCUCUAUGAUAUCUUGGUCACUGAUAUCUUCCUGUCCUGUCACUGUGUCGCUCGCCUAAUGUUAGUCUUCCAGGCUGUUCUCCGUCUUCCUUUUGAACUACGUCGGUCCACUGGUCACCGUCGCCUUCUGGCUGGCCUUCGCCCUGGUUUCUCGCCGCACUGAAGCUCCCCUCUGGGCCGCACGCCUCUCUUUCUCGAAGAUCCAAUCACCCCCCAAACCCUUGUCGCCCUAUCUCGGGCAAGACCCCCAAAUUGUAACGAUUGUUACAAGGGUCUGGUAUUCAUGGGGUGAUUGACGAUUCAUUAUCUAACGAUCUACUCCGAAGACCGACAUAAUAUCCGUCCAAAAAGUUUGGCUAUGUACGUACCUACGAGAUAUUAUUUCGUGCUGACGCAUUCUACAACUCUCUCCACACAUCUGCGUUUUGCUAGCUACUGUUACUUGCUUCAUGGCUCGAGUUGCAUCUUAUCAUUGCGUUACCGUCACACAGCACAUGUCGUUCAGUUAAUAGUCUCCGAACAUGGCACCUUCACCACCAAGGCCCAACAGCCCAGAUCCAGCGACUCCACGACCCGAUCAGUCUCCUUCGCCCUCAAUUAGGAGCCAAACCCCAAAUCUUCAUGCGCCAGCGCGCCCAAGCCAACUGCGUGAAGCGCACACUCUCUCUUCGUCGCCAGAUCAGGGAGCGAGUGAGCCUGGCGAUGGCACUGGCGGAGUGGACGGGAACAGCGACAACAACAGCAACGCCCAAUCCCCUCCCAGUACCACCACCCCUACCGCUGAGCAGACCGGCCCGCAGGCAAAAGACAAAGAUACCACCUCUAGUUUCCCAGAAGUUCAAAGCCAAUCUAGUCCGUCGCACUCCAGAGAGCCGAGACACUGGCUCGGUCGCCCCCCCAGGCUGGCUGGGGAAGUUUCACGAGAGUCCACACCAUUACUACAGAGACCGCUAGAGAUCACAUCAGAACGGGCACAUGAAGGGCCUUGCAACCAUGGGACUUUCAGCCCUAAUACGAUAAGCAGGCCAGCUAGCAUUAGAAGCCAAGAGACAACAGACUCCGCUAGAGAGAGAGGCUUCUUUCGUAGUGUUGCAGCGGGUAUUGCACCGACGAAUAAUGCAAAGAGGAAUACAACUGCAAGGCUAGCAGAAGAGCAUGGGUUAAUACUGAACAAAACCAUGUACGUGACAUAUUAUGUCCCGUUUUUUGCGUGGAUACAGCAAUACAAGUGGGCGUACGUGCGUGGGGAUCUCAUCGCCGCAAUCACGGUGGCAUCGUUUUACAUCCCGAUGGCACUCUCGUUAGCCGCUAACUUGGCCCAUGUGCCCCCGAUCAAUGGACUCUACUCCUUCGUUUUCACGCCUCUGAUAUAUGCGUUUCUCGGUAGCUGCCCGCAAAUGGUAGUAGGGCCUGAGGCCGCCGGCUCCCUUCUUGUUGGCUCCAUUGUAAGUUCCAUUACGGAUGCCGGGCACGAAGAUGGCGUAGCGCAGGCGCAGAUGGCUGGUCUGGUGACAGGUCUGGCUGGUGCAAUCAUUUUUAUUGCCGGACUGACUAGGCUGGGAUUCUUGGAGAAUGUACUCAGUCGCCCUUUCAUGCGCGGCUUUAUCUCAUCAGUUGGUUUCAUCAUUUUGAUUGACCAAUUGAUCGAGGAGAUGGGUCUCGGGAGGAUUGCGAUGGAAGCUGGAGUGACACAUGGAAGCAGUGUCGAGAAGCUGGGCUUCUUGUUUUCGCAUUUUAACGACGCACAUCAGCUAACAUGUGCUGUUGCGGGUGGGAGCUUUCUUAUCAUUAUGACAUGCAGGGAAAUCAAGAGACGACUCCAACCUCGGUACCCUAACGUCGCGUACGUCCCCGACCGCUUCCUUGUCGUGGUUCUCUCCGCCGUCCUCUGCUAUCAAUUUGGCUGGGACCAACGCGGCCUCAAAGUUCUUGGCGACAUUAAGUCUGCAACUGGCGGGAAUUCUUUCCCAUUCCGCUGGCCGUUUCGGACGUCCAAUAUGAAGCACGUUCGUGAUUCUUUUGGGACGACCUUCGUGAUCGCUCUUCUCGGGUUCUUUGAAUCUACAGUUGCAGCGAAGGCGCUCGGCGGCGGAGAGAGUAAGAAAGGUGAUGGGAUUCAAGGCAUCCAAUUGAGCGCGAACCGCGAGCUUAUCGCGUUGGGAUUUGCAAACCUGGUUAGCGGCUGCUUCAUGGCCCUGCCAGGCUUUGGAGGCUACGGGCGAAGUAAAGUCAAUGCCUCAACUGGGGGAAAGACGCCGAUGAGCAGCAUAUUUCUAAGCCUUAUCACUAUUAUCUGCAUUCUGUUUCUUCUGCCAUACUUCUACUAUCUACCUAGAGCGGUCUUGUCUUCUAUGAUUACUGUCGUCGCCUGGAGUCUUAUAGAAGAAGCCCCUAGCGACAUAAGAUUUUUCUGGCGUAUCCGAGCGCUUCCAGAGCUUGCUCUCAUGGCCAUCAUCUUCUUGUCGACAAUUUUCUACUCCCUAACCUUCGGUAUUGCAAUUGGAGUUGGUCUGUCGCUCUUGUCCGUAAUCCGCCACUCGACCCGCCCUCGCAUUCAGAUUCUGGGCAGACGACCACACACCAACCACUUCGAAAAUGCAGAAUCCCACCCCGACGAUUUAGAAUUUAUCGAAGGGUGCCUGAUUGUCAAGAUCCCAGAGCCACUUACGUUUGCCAAUACAGGCGAUUUGAAGAAUCGUCUUAGGCGACUGGAAUUCUACGGGACUACAGCUGCACACCCUGCCCUCCCACGCGUUCGCCAGGAGUACCAUAACAGGAACAUUAUUUUCGACAUCCACGGCGUGACGGGCUUGGAUGGGAGUGGAGCACAGGUUCUGGUAGAGAUAGUGGAAGGCUACAGGCAGCGAGGCGUGCGAGUGUGGUUUUCAAGAGGACCUACGGAGGGAGAGGUGUGGGAGUUACUGGUGAGGAGUCGUAUCGUUGAGAUGAUAGGCGGUGAAACGCACUAUGUCAAUGAUGUUGGAGACGCGCUGAGACUGACCGAGACCGUCGAAGGCUCCCUAUCGGGUGACGAGCAUGAGUCGAGAAUUGAGGGCUCUGGUUAGUUGCUUGGCAGUUUGGAUCGAUUGGAGUUUUGAGUUUGGGGUUCGAUUCUAGUUUUGGGUUUGAGUAACGUACUCCAUGUUGAAUGGCGUUGAUACCACUGUAUUAGACGACAAACGGCAAGUAAAUGAGAAAUAGACGGUAGUCGUAGAUACAAAUGGCGUUAAAGGCAAAGAAUUUAUUGAUUAGGUG